GACGACAAGAAGCCAAAACAAGGUUCAAAAGAGUCAAAAAGUGGAAGUAAGAAACGGCCAGGGUCUAAGGAGAAGCUAAAACCUAAAGAAGACAAAUCAAAAGAGGAAAGUGUGGAAGAAGUUCUUGCUAGGAGCUCGGAGGAGCACCCGAGAAGAAAGGGAGAGAAAAAGAAAAACAGCAAAAGUGGCGAAGUGGUGGUUGCACCCGCCGCCGGAGUUCAGGCAGAAGCUGCGGAUCCGAUCCGAAAUUCCCAGAGAAAUCGUAAGGGCAAAAUAAAGAGCUUAAAGAAACCUGUGGAGAUUAUGCAGGCCAUCCAGGAGAGGAGCGCCAAGAAACCUGUGGAGGCUGUGCAGGGCAACCAGGCCGUGCAGGUCCAGGAGAAGAGCGGUGAGAGAGACAGGGAAGACUCAUUUGUUGACUACUGGUUGCAGCCAGAUGGAGCCGCAAAGAAAGCCGCAACAGGUGGCGCAGAGCAACCUAAGCCUACAGUACCUGAAACCAAGCCAGAAGCGCAAGCACCCGCAGGGAUUGAGCUUAUCAGUAGAUAA